UGAUUUUCGAGCAUAUUCUUUCAGAGUUAUUGCAUCAUUUGUAAAUGAUCUGCAACAGCAUCAAGAACAUAUCCAGAAAUUUGCAUAUGAGACCUUUUUACAUCAAAAUAGAUAUACACAAGACGAUAAAGACGUAGGCUUGGAAAAGUUGCAUUCAGUAUGUUCACGAUUCGCAUUUGAUACAUAUGUUAAACAACAGAGGGAUCUUGUAAUAUUUGGUGAAUAUGGCGUUUUUAAACAUGAUGGUGUAUACGAUAUAAUAGAGCUUGAUAGUGAGUAUACCGAAGAAGUUGAUAAUACUUCGAACUCCGUCUCUCAACUUACUGUGCAGAUUUUCAAAAAGUUGCCAGAAUGUUAUCAUGGUUCUUUAUUUGAUAUUAUGCAAAGUGCUUUAGAAUAUAUUCUUAAGAGUGGCAAAAUACCAGAAUUACAAAAAGAUUUAGAUAGUUUACAAGGAAGUAUUUUUGAGACAACUAAUAUUGACAAUAUUACAAAUUAUAAGGAAAUCAAGAUACCUGUGACAAAGCGUCAACGUGGUCGUCCCCGUAGUAACAAACGUAUCUGUAGUGCAGAUAAGGUUCCAAAAGCUGAAGUUAAGAAGAAGAAAAAAGAUAAUAAUUUGCUACCACAUCUUCCUGGUAUAAAUUUUGAUUCACAUAUUCCUCUAAAUGUGAUAUCAGAA